GGGCGCCGGGGGGGGCGGGAGGGCACGGCAGGGGCCCCGCGGCGCCUCCCCGACUUCGCAGCGCCGCGGACACCUCGCCGGGAGAAGGGGAAGCGCCGGGCGCCGCCGGGCCCUGACUCCGGGUCUCCUGUCCCCCCCUCCCGGUCCCCUCCCCUCCGGCCCCCGGGGAAGCCGCCGCCCCCGGCCGGACCCUCCUCCCAGCCCCUUUUCCCCGACCGGGUGCCGCCGCCGAGAUUGGGCGAAUAGCGAGUAAAUACGUGCGCGUCUCGCUGCCUCCGCCGGCGCCCCGUUCCCUACUCGGUGGAGCCCCGCCGCAGCCCCCCGAGCCGGGCGCCCAGUCCCGGCCGCUGCCGAGGCCCCGCCGCUCCUCCGCCCCUUCCCCUCCCGACACAGGCCCGCAGCCCCCCGCGGGAAAGGCCCAGCCCGCCGCCGCCGAGCCCCAGCCCCAGCCCGACAUGAACCACCAUCAGCAGCAGCAGCAGCACCAGAAGCCCGGGGAGCAGCAGCUGAGCGAGCCCGAGGACAUGGAGAUGGAAGCUGGAGAUACAGAUGAUCCUCCAAGAAUUACUCAAAAUCCUGUCAUUAAUGGGAAUGUUGCGAUGGCUGACGGACAUAACAACACUGAGGAAGACAUGGAAGAUGAUACAAGUUGGCGGUCAGAAGCAACAUUUCAGUUUACAGUGGAACGCUUCAACAGGUUGAGCGAGUCAGUGCUCAGCCCGCCGUGCUUCGUUCGAAAUUUGCCAUGGAAGAUCAUGGUGAUGCCUCGACUCUACCCGGACAGACCACACCAAAAGAGUGUAGGAUUCUUCCUUCAGUGCAAUGCUGAGUCUGAUUCCACGUCAUGGUCCUGUCAUGCACAAGCAGUUCUCAAGAUAAUAAACUACAAGGAUGAUGAAAAAUCAUUCAGUCGUCGUAUUAGUCACUUGUUCUUUCAUAAGGAGAAUGACUGGGGCUUUUCUAACUUCAUGGCCUGGAGUGAAGUUACUGAUCCUGAAAAAGGCUUUAUAGAAGAGGACAAAGUUACUUUUGAAGUCUAUGUUCAAGCAGAUGCUCCACACGGAGUAGCGUGGGAUUCAAAGAAGCACACAGGAUAUGUUGGCUUAAAGAACCAGGGAGCAACUUGUUACAUGAACAGUUUGUUACAGACUUUAUUUUUCACAAAUCAGCUACGAAAGGCUGUGUACAUGAUGCCUACAGAAGGAGAUGAUUCAUCCAAAAGUGUUCCUUUAGCAUUGCAAAGAGUGUUUUAUGAGCUGCAACAUAGUGACAAACCAGUUGGAACUAAAAAGCUUACAAAAUCAUUUGGGUGGGAAACUUUAGACAGCUUCAUGCAACAUGAUGUCCAGGAAUUAUGUCGAGUGCUGCUUGAUAAUGUGGAAAAUAAAAUGAAAGGCACAUGUGUAGAAGGCACUAUCCCUAAAUUGUUCAGAGGGAAGAUGGUGUCUUAUAUCCAAUGCAAGCAUGUAGACUAUCGAUCUGAACGAAUAGAAGAUUAUUAUGACAUCCAGCUAAGUAUAAAGGGAAAGAAAAACAUUUUUGAGUCCUUCAUUGACUACGUUGCAGUGGAGCAGUUGGAUGGUGAUAACAAGUAUGAUGCAGGAGAGCAUGGCUUGCAGGAGGCAGAGAAAGGUGUGAAGUUCCUAACACUGCCACCAGUAUUACACCUGCAGCUCAUGAGGUUUAUGUAUGAUCCUCAGACUGACCAAAACAUCAAGAUAAAUGAUAGGUUUGAAUUUCCUGAACAGUUGCCACUAGAUGAAUUUUUGCAAAAAACAGAUCCUAAAGAUCCUGCAAAUUACAUUCUCCAUGCAGUUCUAGUACACAGUGGAGAUAACCAUGGUGGACAUUAUGUUGUUUACUUAAAUCCAAAGGGCGACGGCAAAUGGUGUAAAUUCGAUGACGACGUUGUGUCGAGGUGCACGAAGGAGGAGGCAAUCGAGCACAACUACGGCGGGCACGACGACGACCUGUCCGUGCGGCACUGCACCAACGCCUACAUGCUGGUCUACAUCAGGGAGUCCAAGCUCAGUGAAGUUUUGCAGCCUGUAACCGACCAUGAUAUUCCUCAACAACUUGUAGAAAGACUACAAGAAGAGAAGAGGAUAGAAGCUCAGAAGAGGAAGGAGAGGCAGGAAGCUCACCUCUAUAUGCAAGUGCAGAUAGUGGCAGAGGAUCAAUUCUGUGGUCAUCAAGGCAAUGAUAUGUAUGAUGAAGAAAAGGUGAAAUACACUGUUUUCAAAGUAUUAAAAAACUCCACACUUACAGAAUUUGUUCAAAACCUCUCUCAAACAAUGGGAUUUCCCCAGGAUCAAAUCAGAUUAUGGCCAAUGCAAGCUAGAAGUAAUGGAACAAAAAGACCUGCAAUGUUAGAUAAUGAAGCAGAUGGCAAUAAAACGAUGAUUGAGCUCAGUGACAAUGAGAAUCCAUGGACAAUAUUUUUGGAAACAGUAGAUCCAGAGAUGGCUGCUACUGGAGCAACAUUACCCAAAUUUGAUAAAGAUCAUGAUGUAAUGUUGUUUUUGAAGAUGUAUGAUCCGAAAACUCGGAGUUUGAAUUAUUGUGGACAUAUCUACACCCCUAUAUCCUGUAAAAUACGUGACUUGCUUCCAGUUAUGUGUGAGAGAGCAGGAUUUCCACAAGAAACUAACCUUAUCCUCUAUGAGGAAGUUAAACCCAAUUUAACAGAAAGGAUUCAAGACUAUGAUGUAUCUCUUGAUAAAGCUCUCGAUGAACUCAUGGAUGGUGACAUCAUAGUGUUUCAGAAGGAUGACCCAGAAAAUGAUAACAGCGAGCUCCCCACAGCUAAGGAAUACUUCCGAGACCUCUAUCACCGUGUGGAUGUCAUUUUCUGUGACAAAACCAUCCCCAAUGACCCAGGCUUUGUUGUUACUUUAUCCAAUAGGAUGAAUUACUUUCAGGUUGCAAAGACAGUCGCUCAGAGACUUAACACGGAUCCAAUGCUAUUACAAUUUUUCAAGUCCCAAGGUUAUAGGGAUGGCCCUGGUAAUCCUCUUAGACAUAAUUAUGAAGGUACUUUAAGAGAUCUUCUGCAGUUCUUCAAGCCUAGGCAACCGAAAAAACUCUACUAUCAACAGCUCAAAAUGAAGAUAACUGAUUUUGAAAACAGAAGAAGUUUUAAAUGCAUAUGGCUAAAUAGCCAGUUUAGGGAAGAGGAAAUAACAGUAUAUCCAGAUAAGCAUGGGUGUGUGCGGGACCUGUUAGAAGAAUGUAAAAAAGUUGUAGAACUCUCUGAAAAAGGUUCAGGGAAAUUAAGGCUGCUAGAAAUUGUAAGUUACAAAAUAAUUGGUGUCCAUCAGGAGGAUGAGCUGUUAGAGUGUUUGUCACCUGCAACAAGUCGAACGUUUCGAAUAGAGGAAAUUCCUCUGGACCAGGUAGAUAUAGAUAAAGAAAAUGAGAUGCUAAUCACAGUGGCACAUUUCCACAAAGAGGUUUUCGGGACAUUUGGAAUUCCAUUCUUGCUGAGGAUACACCAGGGUGAACACUUCAGAGAGGUUAUGAAGCGGAUUCAGACAAUGCUGGACAUACAAGAAAAAGAAUUUGAGAAGUUUAAAUUUGCCAUUGUAAUGAUGGGCCGACACCAGUAUCUCAACGAAGAUGAGUAUGAAGUGAACUUGAAAGAUUUUGAGUCCCAACCUGGCAACAUGUCUCAUCCAAGGCCAUGGCUAGGGCUUGACCAUUUCAAUAAAGCCCCAAAGAGAAGUCGCUACACUUACCUUGAAAAAGCUAUUAAAAUCCAUAACUGACUUACUUAACCAGAUUGUCAAGGCAAGGGACAAAAAUAAGUGUGUGUGUGCACCUUUUUAACAACUGUAGAACUUUGGUACACGUGCACUAUAUCUGAAGUCUUCAGCAAGAGGAUUUGCUGCUGAUGUUAAUUUUAUUUUGUUGAGGCUGUUCAGUUUGGCUUCUCUGUAUCUAUUGACUGCCCUUUUUGAGCAAAAUGAAGGUGUUUUUAUAAAAGCUUGGAUGCCAAUGAGAGUUAUUUUAUGGUAAACGUAAUGCAAGGCAAUUGUCAGCAUAAUGAGGGAAGAGUUUAGUAGAACAGUUGACAUUGGCAAAAUUAUUUGUCUGUAGUACGUUUAUAGAUGGCAUAAGCUGACUGGCUGCCCUUCCCGUGUGGUGUUCACCAUCACUGCAGCUAGUAAGUCUUAUGUUUAGACUCACAUCAGAUUUAUUUCCUUCAGUUAUACUUUAAAUGACAUUUUUGUGCAUUUGUAAAUGCAAAAGAAAAACUCACAUCAUCAAUAAAUAGCAAUCUCUACUUUAUUGUGUACAUUGUUGGCACUUAUUCGGGAUUUUUGUCUCCUCCAGCUUCAUAGAAUCUUUUUUAAUAAACUAGUUUUCAUUUAAUUUAGUCAAUACUUUGCAUCCUGUUUUACCAAGUGGAUGCCCCGAGUCCUAAAAAGAGAUAUUUGGGUCUUUUUAUGAAAUUUCCAACCACUGAGGAAUACCGUUGCGAUUGAUUAUGCCAUCUUCUGGCAAAUAGAAUGACACUCAAAAGUUGGCAAAAGCAAGUGAAAAGAUUAUAAAUAUCAUUAAUUUAGUUACCAUGGGAAGAGAUGGGGAAAACACAAGAACUAGCCUUUUAGCACAGAGGGCAUGCUCACUAGUGUUUAGUAAGCUGUUGACUUUGUAUAAAAAAGGAGGAAAAAAAAUGAAAAAAGAAGAAAAAAAAACCUGAAAAAAGCAAUUGUAUAUUUAAUGAAUGAACAUGUACAAUUUAACACUUGGAGGUUAAUUUUAUUGGGUGAGUCUGCAAGUGAAUUUCACUGAUGUUGAUAUUCAUUGUGUGUAGUUUUAUUUCAAUCCCCAGACUGCUUCCUUUUCUUUGGAGCUAAUGCCAGCCGCGUGUCUAGUUUUGAGUGCAGUAAAGAUAGAAUCAGCAAUUCACACUUAAUUUUACAUUCUUUUCCAGUAUUUUAUUUUGUUUCUGUAGCCGCAGUGUACAACUCCUCUUCCUGUAUAUUGCCUUUUUUUGCUGGAAAAUGUUGUAUGUUGAAUAAAAUUUUCUAUAAAA